AUGUCGAAUCGGGGAAAUAACACAAAGCCUUCGCACCCGGCAAUCAACUUGAUUGCAGGAGGAACCGCAGGGCUAUUUGAAGCGCUAUGUUGCCAUCCGCUCGACACGAUCAAAGUGCGCAUGCAAAUUCAUUCCCGGAAAUCCAGCGGCGGCAGACCGGUUGGCUUUUUGGCCACAGGCCGGGAAAUUGCACAUAACGAAGGGCUUUUGGCAUUUUACAAAGGUUUAGGUGCCGUGGUUAUUGGAAUCAUUCCAAAAAUGGCCAUUCGAUUCACGUCGUACGAGUUCUACCGCGGUUUGCUAACAAACAAAGCGACGGGCGAAGUCUCUACCGGCAAUACUUUUAUUGCAGGUGUAGGAGCAGGUAUCACAGAAGCAGUUUUGGUGGUCAAUCCUAUGGAAGUGGUCAAAAUCAGGCUCCAAGCCCAACACGUUCAAUUUGUGCCGCUGGUGGCAGAAGUUGCAGGCGCUACUGGCGCCGGUGGUGCCACAGGACCUUCCACCGCCACUUUCUCCAGUGUUGCAUAUCAAGCUGGCAAUUCUGCAACUUCUAACAUAAAGGCAACCGCUCGGUACCGCAAUGCUGUCCAGGCGGCGUAUCUUAUCGUCAAGGAAGAAGGGCCACGUGCAUUGUACCGCGGUGUGUCGUUAACAGCUGCGCGCCAAGCAACGAACCAAGGUGCCAAUUUUACCGUGUAUUCCACGCUCAAACGGCGUCUUCAGAAGUAUCAUAACACCGAGAUGCUCCCGUCGUGGGAAACAUCUCUUAUCGGAUUGAUUUCUGGCGCAGUGGGUCCAUUUUCGAACGCACCGCUCGACACCAUCAAAACAAGGUUGCAGAAGGACAAGUCUACGGCUAAAACGUCCAGUUUUACAAGAAUCGUUACUAUCACACGCCAGUUGAUUCACGAAGAAGGGUUUCGAGCAUUGUACAAAGGCAUCACACCGCGUGUGAUGCGGGUUGCCCCGGGACAGGCCGUGACAUUCACCGUUUACGAAUUGAUCCGGAAACAGCUCGAAAGCAUGAGAGCAUGA